AUGUUUAAAAACCUAAAAAAUCGACUGGAUAAUGAAGCUGGGAAGCUGAAGCAGUCCGCCCAGCAAUACACUGAACAAAUCGCUGCACAAGUUGGACAAUAUAGACAAGCCAUGAACGAGCAGGCAACUGGUAGUGACGCAAACGCUUCUAUUUCUAAAAGGUUUUUGAACUCUGUUACAGGAACCACUAAUCCUGAAGCCGGAGAGUCGAAAGUAGAAGACCUUGCGGACGUAUCAAUUGAAUCCUCCUCGGCCAUUAUGUCUGAAAUUCCGGAGGCGGACCUCCUCGGUCUUGGUCUCUCUUCCACGGAAUCACCGAGCAAUCGACGUCGUCGUUCACCAUCAGCAGAAUCGACACAUUCCAACGAGAGCACCUUGGCUUCUCUUCUUCAAUCAAUUCCCAAUGUGAUAUCAUCCGCCUUUGAAACAAUACCAUCCGAUUCUGAAAGUGUGACUAGCGAAGCAUUUUCCGUGCGGUCUACAAACGAUCCGGCGUACAAUUCCCGUUUGAAACAACGUCUUGCGAGUUAUAAAGCCAAGUACCGUGAUGCUGUUCACCGUCAUAACAGACUUGUUGAUGAAGUAACAGCGACAAAGAAGAUUCUAGAAACGACGCAAGACGAAUGUCUCCAGAAAGUUGAAAAACUGCGUUCCGAAAAACGGGUUCUCGCUGAAAAGCUUCGUGAUUCUGUCGGGAACCGUGACGGAAAAGACGAUUUAGAGAAAAAGUGCGAGGACUACAAACGGAUGUUAGAGCAAUGCAAAAAUAAGAUCAAGGCGUUACAACAGGAGAAAAGAGAUCAGUUGAUAAAUGUAGAUGACGAUGAGAGUCCUCGUAUCAAAGAGUUGGAGUCAAGAAUUCAGAAAACAGAAGAGGAAUGGACUACGAGAAUCAAUGAAAGCGAUCAGCAACAUGCUAUCGUUUUAGCUACCACGAAAGCUGAAAUGCACGGUGCAUUGGAGAAAAAAGAUUCUGAAAUUGAACAAUGGCGAAGAAAAUGCGCCGUAUUGGAGCAACAGGAUGCCGACGCAAAUCAACGAUGGAAUGAAAAAGUGGAGAAACUUCAAGCCAUGAACAAAGCGUUAGAAGCCGAAAAUAAUGAAAUGAUUGACAAACUAUCGGAAGCGAAAACUCAAGGAGUGAAAGCAGUUUUAGAGGAGGAAGAGAAGAAAAGAAACAUCCUGGAAUCAGAUUUGAACGAGGAAAUCGAACGACUCAAGGAAGAAAUUGAGAAGAUGACUUUGGAAAUGUCAUCUUACAAAGUCAGACUGGAAGCGAAAGAAUCGAGCGAGUUUGAUGAGCACAAUGAAGAUAUCGAAACACUCAAACUAGAAAUCGCUUCCGUUCGAUCAGAGAAAAUUGAUUUGGAGUCAAAAGUGGCAGAUCAUGUUUCAAGUUUUGAUAUCUAUAGAGCAGAAGCUGAGAAGACGUUAGCUGCCGCGAAAGAACAAUUCGGAAAGAAGGUCAGCGAGUGUGACAAGUGGCGCGAGAAGUACGAGGAGCGGGCUGCCGCUUCCGAUCACAUCGCCACCGUCGAGUUCGAGACACAGGAGACGGAAGCUCAUCGCAUUCUGGAAUUCGAAGUGGAAAAAAAGACUUUGACCGAAAAAUGUGAGAAUCUGAUUUCCAAAUUCGAACAGGCUGAGAAGGAGAAAAAUGAAAUGGCGAAACAACUAUCACUGCUUCAACAAGAAAUGCUCGAAAAAUGUGACGCUCUUCAGAUAGAACUGAACGAGGCCAGAGCUUUGAGAGAGGAGACGCAGAGAAAGUACGACGAUGUUGCACAGAAAGCCGAACAGAUGCAAACGGAAUUGGACCAGAACAAGAAGGAUGUGGCUAAUGAGAAGGAAGCUUUCGAGAAGGAGAAGGAGCAGGAACGCGCUGAGCAACUGAAUAAAGCUUUCGAGAAGCUGGUAUGUUUUAGAAAGGUUUUGAAUUGUAUGUUUCUGUUUUCUUUUCAGGCUGAGGAACAGAAAACUCUUCAAGAUGUUAGCAAAAGAUUGGAAAAGUCAGAAGAAGAUGUAGCAUUGUCUCAAAAAUCUAUCGAAGAGUUGACACAACAGCUUAGCGCGUCACAAAAAGAAACUACUGAAGCCCACGCUCAAUUGAGCGAAGUCAGUACAAAGUUGGAUGGUUCACAGGUACUAAAAAAUGUUAACUUCCCAAUAAGAUUCCACAACAAAAAUAUUUUCCAGACAUCGCUCAAGGAAUUUUCGGAACUGGUGGAGUCGCUGAAACUGCAACUUGUCACAUCGGAGAAACAAAAAGAUGACGCCGUGGAACUCCUCAAACAAAAACUAGAAGACAUCGAGAAAAAUUUCAGUGAAGUAACUUCACAGAAGCAACAUCUUCAAGAAUCUAUGACAGCCGAAUUGAAGACUCAUGCUGAAUCCACCGAGUCCUUGAAAAAACAACUAGAAGAAGCGCAGGCAUCUGUUGAGAGUUUGAAGAAAGAAGUUGAGAAUGAGCGUAAUCUGAAAUCAGCGAUAGAAUCUCAUGAGAAUACAGCAAUUUCUGAAAUGAAAAAGCAAAUGGAGACUGCCAAGAAAGAACUUGAGACAUGUGAAAAGGAAAAAUCGACAUUGCGAGAUCAUAUGGAACGUAUUCAGAAGGAUCAUGAUUCUGGAAAAGAGGAAAUUCAAAACCUACAGAAAACCUGGGAGGUUGAAAUGAUCAAAAUCUCCAAAGCUACUGAAGACGAGAAAUCAGCUCGAGAGCAGCUACUGAAGGAUUUAGAAGUUCUCAGGGAAUCGUCGAAACAGGUCGAAGUUGAAAGAGAUGCUGAAGUUGAUAAAAUUCAGGAGCAUCUCAAAGUCUCUCAAGAGCACCAAACAGCUCUGAAUCAAAAGAUUCAGGAGCUUCAGGAUGCUCUCAAAGAAUCACAAGAUCAAGUAAUUGAACUAAAGACUGCAUCAUCCAAUAUGACUUCUGAAACCGAGCAGAAUGUAGCAGAAAAUGCAAGUUUACGAAGCUCUGUCGAACAAGCCGAAAAUAUCCAGAAGUUCCUGCAAGAGGAAAUUCAACAUCUCAAGACUUCUUUAGAAGCUUCCGAGGCGAAAGCAGAAGGACUUCUGACUAGCACAUCAUCUGACACUGAGAAGCAUUCUGAAGAAAUUUCAAAACUACGUUCCUCUCUCGAAGAAGCAGAAUCCCUUCAAAAGACUUCGACCGAUGAAAUUCACCGGCUGCAAGAGUCCCUCAAGAAUUCACAAGAGCAAUGUCAAUCGGCCCAGGCGAGAGUUUUGGAACUGGAGAAACAAGAACAGCAGAAAUCUUCCGAAGAAUCAAAUCAGAUGCAGAUUAUGCAGAGAGAUCUCGAUGCAUCCCAUCGGGAAAAUCGAGAACUCCAAGAAAAGUGCCAAGUAUUAACCGAUUCAUUGAGUACAGCCAACGAAAGCGUUCAGUCACUAACAUCUACAACGGAGGUGUCAAAAUUGGACAACGAAUCUCUCAAACAACGAAUAGAGAAGCUAGAGAAAGAGAUACAAGCAAGAGAACAAAAUGAACAAGCUCUUACUGAAGAGAUAAACGUAUUAACAACGUCCUUAGCCGAAAAGGAACAACAAAUGGCCCAAGUUAACGAUCUCCAAACUAAACUACACCAGAUGGAAGUCGAGAAAGAGGAGCGUGUUGAAUCAGUAAAAGUACAAUUGCAACAAGCCGCCGAGAGCUCAAGUUCUGCAACGCAAAUCUCUGAAUCACUUCGUAGUGAAAUUGAGCAAUUGAAGACGAAAAUUCGAGAGACCGAGGAUGCCAAGAUUCAAAAUUCGACGGAAGUGGAACAAAAAGUAAACGAACUUAACGACUUGAAUGAGAAGAUGCGUGUCGAGUUUAUCGCGAAGGAAAAAAUAAUUUCCGACUUGCGCGCAGAACUCGCAGCAAUCAACAAUGAUCUUGUCGUUCAAAAAGCAAAGGUCGAAAAAUCGAAAAUGGACAUGGAUGAACUUGAAUCGAAGGAGAAGAGAGCUGCAUCUGAUCGUGAAAAUGAGAAACAGGAGGAAAUUCGAUUGAGAGAAACGUUUGCCAAAGAACUAGAAACCAUGGGAUCAGCUUUAGAGGCAAAAGAAACCGCUUACAAUGAGUUGAAACAGAGGGCUGAGAAGAAGAUCGCUAAGUUGAACGCGCAAUUUGAAGAGAAAUUGAAAGCAGAAGCUGAGAAAUUGGUUAAUGCUCAGAAGAAUCAGGAUGAGGCUUCUGAAUCUCGAAUCAAGGAGCUCGAAGCGUCAUCAGAGCAGUCCAAACUGGAGCUGGAACAACGAUUGCGAAGCUUAGAAGAAUCACUAAAAUCAAUUCAAUCGGAGAACGACGCUCUGAAACUGAAGGAAGAAGCUGCUGAAAAAGAAAAGGGACACUGGGAAGUAGAGAAAGAAAUGUUAGAAGGAGAAGCGAAAGAACUUGCGGAGAAAAUUGAAGGACUGGAGUCGGAAGUAAAACGAUUGACGGUUGCUAAUGAGAGCAAAGCAGCGAAAGCUGAUACUGAUUCGAGAAAAGUGGUACGGGAACUACAGAAGGAAGUUAAGCAAUUAUACAACGAGUUGAACGACAAGAACCAACAAUUCGAUGCCCUUCACGAAGAAUUUACAAAUCUCAAAUCAACCAGUGAAUCCGUUCAAAACGGCCAGCUUCAAGUUCAAAAACAACAGGAUGACGAAGACAGAAGAAGUGAAUUUUCGUACAAAGAAGAGAUUGCAUCGCUGAAGCAAAAGCUUGACGCUUCCCUAAACGAAGCAGAUGACCUUCGAAUGCAAGUUUCUCGUAACGACAAGAACCCUCGAUCGAAUGGAAAUGCAGUCAAAACGAAAACGCCAUCGAUGGAAUUACACGGAAUUGCUGACCCAGCAGAAGCUGAGUAUCUCCGGAAUGUACUGUACCGGUACAUGACUAAUAGAGAAGCUCUUGGAAAAGAGUCUGUGACUCUCGCUCGUGUCAUUGGAACUGUAGCUCGUUUCGACGAAUCUCAAAUGAAACAAGUGAUAGCCAGUGAAGAAACGAGACAAGCGAGUUGGGCUGCGGCUCUCAACAGAUCAUAA